CACUUCACUCGUAGGUCCCGCUCUCCACAACAAACAUUGUCAGACCUCACAUUGCGUGUUUGAGGUCUGGCGAGUGAGCUGAUUUCAUAUUUCGGGGUUUGUUAUUACGUUAUUCGCAUGACAGGACAUUGGAGGUUUGGACACGCAAGCACUGCCACCCGCCCAUAAGCACAGCCAGCUGAACCCAGGCCUCAAACCUCCAACACACCGCAGACACCUCUCUUUCUCCCUACAACCCUCACGAUGACGAUGCCAGCCAAGGACCAAAAGGUCGGCGCCCCGAAGCUUGACGAGCCACAGCUCCAGGCAGGUGGAGGUACAGCAUCGGCCGCACCGAAAGCCCGCGUUGUCGAUGCGCUAUCUCCACUCCUCGUCCAGCACCUGAGAACGGCACACGACGAGCUCGUGAACAAGUACCAGCUCACGACCAAGGAGGGACAGACACGCUGGCUGACGGAUGAACAACAAUGUUCAGCGCAAGAUGCGGAACUGCUGGCGGAUGGCUCCUUCUCCCACUUUGCAAACUACUUCCUGUCUGGGGCCGCCAACGUUAUGAAGCCUGCGCAGGCUGUCGACGAAUCGUAUCCCAUCUCCAACUACUUCAUCUCGUCGAGCCACAACACAUACCUCACUGGCAACCAACUGUCGAGCGAGUCGAGCGUCGAUGCAUACAAGAACGUCCUUCUUCGAGGCUGUCGCUGUGUGGAGAUUGACGUGUGGGACGGAGAAGAACCCUCAGAUUCGAGCUCGGAUGAGGAGGCUGCCCGCGGCAACCCUGGCGCUGCAGCUAAGAAAGAGAAGUCAGGGCUUAGUAUCCGCAAGAGACUUGAGCUCAGAUUCAGAAAGAAAGGAACAUCUCCUGAAGACAAACCAAAGGAGCCGUCAUCACCCACUCGGGAUGGUGAUCAAGGAAUACAGCCCUGGCGUUCAACCUCUUCCUGGAGAGCCGAACCGAGAGUAUUGCAUGGCUACACCUUAACCAAGGACAUGUCGUUUCGAGCAGUGUGUGCUGCCAUCAGAGACUACGCGUUCAGAACAUCGAGUCUACCACUCAUUGUCAGCCUCGAAGUACAUACUUGCCCCGAACAGCAGGAGAUAAUGGUCGAACUCAUGAACGAGUACUGGAAGGGUCUGCUGGUUGACCUGCCGCUAGAUCCUGCCCAAAAUUCAGAGAACACGAGCUUGCCGACUCUGAAAGACCUAGAGAACAAGAUUCUUGUAAAGGUGAAGCGUGCCUCGCACGCCAAACCUGCACCUGAUGUAGCAAAACCUACCACUCUACAAGCGCCAGCACCGCCCCUCACGCAUACUACAAGUGCUGCUUCAGUGGCUUCGUCCGUAACAUCGUCGGAUGAAACCCCCGAAGGCGAGAAGAAGCCAUCAGAACCGAAGCCUAAGGUUAUUGAAGCGCUGUCGAACCUGGGAGUGUACUUUGGGAGCUAUCACUUCAAGGGGCUUGAUGCACCCGAGGCCAGCAUACCUACCCACGUCUUCUCCCUAUCUGAAAAGUCGCUGAUGGAGGUUCACGAAACAAACCCCGCUGGCUUGUUCACGCACAACAAGCACUUCUUCAUGCGCGCAUAUCCAAAGGGGCUUCGCCUCAACUCUUCCAACCUGAACCCAUCUGUCUUCUGGCGCGCCGGUGUACAGAUAGUAGCACUCAACUGGCAACGCUGGGAUGGUGGCAUGAUGCAGAACGAAGCCAUGUUCGCAGGCACUGCUGGCUGGGUCCUCAAGCCAGAAGGCUAUCGCAGCACUAGCCAGGAAGUAACACAGAAGACUGCGAUCGCGCACCACAAUCUCGACCUGAGCAUCGAGUUCCUUGCGGGGCAAGAUAUUCCAUUACCGCCUGAAGAAGAUGAUCCCAAGGAUUUCAAGCCGUUCAUCAAGGUCGAGUUGCAUGUCGAGAAACCCGAAGAGCGCAACGCUGAGCCUGUUCCUGGUAAUGGUAGGAGCCAGAAGGGCGAGUACAAGAAGAAAACCAAGACAUAUCGGACCACAAAUCCCGACUUCGGACGCGAGAUUGUUAAAUUUGAGGGUGUACACGGCGCCUCGGAUGAGUUGACCUUUGUCAGAUUCAAAGUCAUGGACGACGAGCGUAUCAGCGACGAUCUCGCCGCGUGGGCGUGCUUCCGCCUCGAUCGUCUGCAGCCUGGCCUCCGAUUGCUGCAUCUCUACGAUGCAAAUGGCGUGAUUACCAAAGGAGUGCUGCUGGUGCGGAUCAGGAAGACGGUCAGUCUGGCUUGAAGCAGCUUUACAGCGAUUCACCCAUGACUAUUGUUAUUAUUCAUGCUUCCUUGCAUGGCGUCUUCAUUACCACCGCCGCUGUGCUCACCCUCGGCGAGAGGUAUUACAUACUGAUGCAUGUCUAGUUGUUCCCGAUAGGGCGGAGAUUGGCUCGCGGAAACGUUUUCAGCGAGGACGUUUCCGAUCGUCAUCAUCGCCGGAACCGAUACCAUGGGAGCGAGGGACAUAGACCCAUGCCUUGCGGUGGGUAUUGUGGACGAAGGGGCCCUAAUCGACCCGGCCAUUCUUCUCGCUGAGUCAGUCGAACUAGCGAGGUCUGGGGCAGCUUUUCUUUUGCCAUGUGUAGACGAUGACUUUCCUUUUGUGCAUGCCCUCUCCCGUUAGAUACAUCCAGGGUCGCGAUUACGACCUAUCUUAGCAUCGAUACCACUGAACCUGCUCUGGAAUACAUAUGAUAUUCUUACCCACUGUCAAUACCCUUACAAAUACUCCGAUCAACA